AUGCCCCGCGAGUCCGUGAAGGAGCCCGUGGCCACGGGGCUGAAGAGCGUCGACGCGCUGGUGCCGAUUGGCCGCGGCCAGCGGGAGUUGAUUAUAGGGGAUCGUCAAACGGGGAAGACUUGCAUUGCGGGCGCAAAUUUUGCGGACUUUGGAGCGGGAAGGCGCGAUGGAGUACACGACGAUAGUGGCGGCGACGGCGUCGGACGCGGCGCCGCUGCAGUUUUUGGCCCCCUACGCGGGCUGCUCCAUGGGGGAGACCCCCGGGGAGAGAGGCUUACCCAGGUGCUUCGCAGCAGCAGCAGCAGCAGCAGCAGCAGCGCAGCAGCAGCAGCAGCAGCAGCAGCAGCAGCAGCAGCAGCAGCAGCAGCAGCGCAGCGAUUUGGCAGCAGCAAAGUCGCAGGAGAUGUCUUUUAUCUCCACUCGAGGCUGCUGGAAAGAGCAGCAAAAUUAAACUCCGACUUCGGCGGCGGAAGCCUCACAGCUUUGCCAGUUAUUGAAACACAAGCAGGAGAUGUUUCGGCCUACAUUCCCACAAAUGUCAUUUCCAUCACUGACGGCCAAAUCUUUUUGGAGGCGGAGCUUUUCUACAAAGGCAUUCGGCCUGCGAUCAACGUGGGGCUUUCUGUGAGCCGCGUGGGCUCGGCGGCUCAGGUCUGCAUUCUUUACUGCGGCGUAAAGGGCUAUUUGGACCCUCUCCAACCCUCAGAGAUCGGCAGGUUUGAGGAGCUCUUUGUGAAGCACAUCCAGGCAAACCACCAGGGGCUGUUGGAGACCAUUGAGAAGGAGAAGCAACUGAGCGAGGAGACUGAAGAGAAGUUGAAGUCGGCCGUAGAAGAGUUUAUGGCGGCGAAUGAGUUCAAGAAGCAAAGCAAGAAGAGACAAAGCGCUGAAGUCCACUGCGCCCUGCUGCAGCAGCAGCAGCAGCAGCAGCACACAAAGCAGCACAGGCGGUGGCAACACCAGCGUCAACUGCAGCAGCAACGCCGUUGCAGCAGCAGCAACUCAGCAGCAAAAGCAGCAGCAACAGCAGCAGCGUCGACAGCAGCACAUGCAGCAUCAAAAGCAGCAGCAGAAGCAUCAAGAGCAGCAUCAACAGCAGCAGCAACAACAACAGCAGCAGCAGUAUCAACAGCAGCAGCAGCAGCAACAGCAGCAGCAGCAAAAGCAGCAUCAAUAGCAGCAGCAUCAACAGCAAGCAGCAUCAACAGCAGCAGCAUCAACAGCAGCAGCAAAAGCAUCAACAGCAGCAGCAGCAACAGCAGCAUCAACAGCAACAGCAGCAAUAGCGGCAUCAACAGCAGCAGAAGCAUCAACAGCAGCAGCAGCAACAGCAGCAGCAGCAACAGCAGCAACAGCAGCAGCAGCAAAACGAACAGUUUGUUUAAAUGGAGAAGCAAGAAUGGUAAAGAAGCAGCACUGGGCUUCGACGAAUUCAGGUGUAUCGACAGCAGAAAUAAAGCCCAGCCGCCGCGCCUGCUGCUGCAGCUGCUGGCGCACCCAAACAUUAUGUUUGCUGCUGGUGGUGUUUCUGCUGUUGUUGUUGCUGCUGCUGCUGCUGCUGCUGCUGCUGUUGCUGCUGCUGCUUGUGGACUCACUUGUGAAGCAGUUUGGGCUGCAACAGCGAAAGGCACCUGCAGCAGCAACAGACACCGCAGCAGGACUGGGCAGCAACUGCAGCAGCAGCCGCUUCAGCAGCAGGAGCCACAAGCUCUGCUGCAGCAAGAACCGCAGCAGCAGCAACAGCAGCAACAGCGCCAGCAGCAGCAGCAACACUAUCAACAGCUACAGCCCAAGCCACAACAUCAGCUGCAGCCCUGCUGCGGCACGACCCUCAGCAGCAGCAACUCAGCAACAACAGCAACAGCAGCAGCAGCCACAGCAGCAGCAGCAGCCACAGCAGCAGCAGCAGCCACAGCAGCAGCAGCAGCCACAGCAGCAGCAGCAGCCACAGCAGCAGCAGCCACAGCAGCAGCAGCAACAGGCACAGCAGCAGCAGCAGCAGCGCACGGCGCGAACGAGCUGGGUGGUGAUGACGCGUUUGGUGGUGAGGUGUCUGUACAGCUGGGGAAGUCUGAGGUGUCUGGGGAAGUCUCGUUGCAGCAAAAAGGAAAACAGCAAAUGGAAAUUUGCUUCAUUUAA